AUGAUCUGACGUACAGCUCACAUUUGUUUCCGAGACCAACAAUGUCUAAUGUCAGGAUUCGUAUCAAACCCAGUACAGCUGUUUGCUGAGGUUGCCAUGGCGCCGACUAAGUAUGAUGUGAAGCCGGAGCCUGGAGAUCUCAUUGAAAUCUUCAGAGUUGGAUACCAGCACUGGGCUAUUUAUGUGGGUGAUGGUUAUGUCAUUCAUCUGGCUCCACCCUCUGAGCAUGCUCAAGCUGGGGCCUCCAGUAUUAUGUCUGUAUUGUAUGACAGAGCCAUAGUGAAGAAAGAGGAACUUUGGAGUGUAGUUGGCAAUGAUAAGUACAAUAUCAACAACCUUCUGGAUGACAAAUAUGAGCCUCGGCUGGUCAGAGAUAUCAUACAAGAGGCCCAGAGUCUUUUGGGAAAGGAACUUCCGUAUUGUGUGUUUAGAGGGAACUGUGAGCACUUCGUUACAGAGCUGAGAUACGGGAAGCCACAGUCUCGCCAGGUGCGAAAAGCGGUGGAGAUGGGUGUUGGAUUUGGCCUUGCUGCAAUGAUUGGCUUUGGAGUUCUCGCAAUUGCUGCAGACAUAUUUGGUUCAAAAGACAAAGAGAAGCAGACGCAGUGAGCACUGGGAAACGAAGAACUGAAAGCACAGUUGUGGAGACCUUUUAAAAUUGUAAAAAUAAUCAUUAAAACAUCAAUCUAGUAAGUUGUCUGAACCCAUUGGCCAAAAAAGUCAGUGUAGGCUUAGUUUUAUGAGCACAAAUGGAAUCUUCAUAAACAGAACGUUACAGCAAAAAAACAAAACCAUCCCAUCUGUUGUUUGGUAACAAAGCAAUAUUGCAUUUAACCACUGUUAAAAAAAUUACAAAAGCUUCAAGGAAACUUUGAUGUCAUACUUUAUAUUUUGAUACCUGUACUAAUGUUUUGAUGACUACAUAACUGAAAAUAAAAUAUGUUACGUGAUAA